AUGUAUGUGUUGACGGAAACAUCAAAUAGCUCAAGGGCGAUUAACUUGUCACUUGUUGUCAACAUAAAUGGUCAUAGAUUGUUAUUACUUGCUCAGGGAGCCACUGUAAAGGUCUAUCUUUAUGAGGGAACAUCACUGGCGUACAUAACCACAUUGAAGCUAGAGAAUAAGCUACGGUCUUGGGCGAAGUUUGUAAAAAACUCCAAAACCUACGUGAUACUCAUUAAUUGUGAGUAUGAAGUCAAGCUUAUGGAAUUGGGUGAUUUUUCAUCCAAUAUGAAGCAUCUUGAUAUACUCAUUACUCACGUGGUCAAACUCUCCACCAAGGGCCAACGUGUAUCUCCGAAUCUUGAUGCUCCAAUUAUCAUCCCUGUGCGUGAGGAGGAUCCAGAGUACAUACUUUUUCACAUCUUCUAUUCGAAUAUCCAAAUAUUUACUGUUGGUGACUUGUUUUCAACUUCUAAGAAAGAGAUUUUACCCGAUACGCGCAACAUUGGGCAGAUUGAUGCUAAACAAAUUGUGAAUCUAACAACUCAUGAUCCGAGUCAAAGGAAAACCGAAGGUAAUCACAAUAACUUGGAAUCAUACAGGCUAGCUGUGCUUUACAACGAUAUAACUUCAACAUCCUACGUCAGGUAUUUGGACUUUUCUGAAAGAACGCCGACCUUUGAAGUUUGUCGACAACUACCUCCGUUUGAGGAAGAACCAUGCUUAAUACAACCUUGUAUUCAGGAACCCGGGGGAUUAAUUGUGUAUACAAGCUCCAGCAUGUUCUACUUUCCACCCCAACAAUUCAAACACGUAUCAGCAAGGCAGACAAAGAAUGUGUUUAUAUCAACAAAAUCACAAGAUCCAUAUUUUGCAGUGACAUUGGAUAAGCCUGGUAGAGGAAAGAAUAGGCCAGUCUAUAAAUGUUUUGAACCAAUUGAUUUACAAAGGACACUUCUAACAGCAACGUGCGGUCAAACGUUUCUACUUUAUAUGGAUCUCGAAGUCUCAACAGGGAGCAGUGUUGUAGUCAACCAAGUUAGCUUCAUUGACCUCAAUUAUACAACGAUACCAAUAUUUAAUGGACUACAUCAUAUUCAAGGGAAUCAUUUCUUUCAAGCCUCCAAGACGUCAAAACUGAUUCUCUUUGAAAUAUUGCCCAUGAGACCCAAUAUCAACAUUCUCGACUCUAUAGAUGGAAACCCUCCAGUUCUCGAUUUGAAAGAAGCCAACGAUGAAGGGUUAUUUGCAUGUCAAGGAGGAUGGGACGGCAGUCAAUUGAGAAAGUACACAUCCCCGCGUGGCAGGUAUGAAGAGAUUAAACUGGUAAAAGUGUUUGAUGGACGUUUCAAGUUUGUCGGUCAAUCUGAAGAUAAAUUCAUAGUAGGAGCUGUGUCGGAAGGAGAUGCGAAUAUGAAGAUAAAAGCCGUGGAGAAAGGUUUGCUAUCAAUCACAGUGGGAAACAAUCUUGCAGAAAACGUUUUGGAGGUCUCAAAGAGCGAAAAGCACGAUGUGAUUUUAACACAAAGAAAAUUAAUAGUGAAUGGUGAGACAACAUUUGACGGGAAUGUUGAGUUUGGCGUGAUCCAGGCCAAUGAUGGAGUUGUGGUGAUUGCAACCAGUGAUAAUGUACUUUAUGUUCAUGAUAUCCUGCAGGUGUCGAACGGGAUGGUUUGUAAGAUUGACCGAUAUCACGACAAUGGAGAUGAAAUUUCAAGUGUCGAUAUGUUUAGAUCCAGAGAUACGUCUUGGAUGAUUUGCUCGUUUUUAUCUGGAAAGUACGAUGUCUGGGAGAUAAACGCAGAACAACAAAAACUCGUCUACCUGGCGUCCUCUGACAGUGCUAUUUUUUCAUCUUGUAUAUUUGUGCAAGGGCAAUCAAAAUCAGAAGAAUCCAAUUCUGUGCACUUGUUUUUCCUGCACACAAAUGGUGACGUUUGCCAGGUAAAAUUGAAAAAGGUGGAUAAUGUUUUGACAUUAGAUGGAUCUAGUACCGCGAAUGUAUGUGAUUUACCAUAUGUCUGGAGAAGACAUGGCAAUAGGAUUCUAGGCUUCAACUCCAAGGGCUUGAUAGUACCAAAGAGACUGCGAGAAUUGGAUCAGUAUGGAUUUGCCAAGAUCGACAAGCCAAACGUAAUUGAUAUUCGCUUUGACAACAACAUGAAAACCAAUUCUUCCCAGAGGACGAGUAGUGCAAUUGUUUGUCUCGAAGAUGGAUCAAUUGAGAAAUGGGAGAUAGAAAUUGGAGAAUUGGCCCAGUUGAAUGAUUUCUCCUCAUUCUAUUCAAAUAAGCUAUUCGUCAAGUGCUUACCAAUACCAGGUACAAAAUACGUUGUUGUUGUUGCGUACGACAACUCUAUUUCCCUUGGUGAAAUAAAGACCGAAUUGUUACUCGUUGAUGCUUCAACACUUGAAUUAUACGAUGUUUUCAAAUUCCACGAUGAUACAGAGGUUGUUGACUUAAGUGGAAUGACUAAGGAGCAGUUUGCACCUUUGAAAUUGGAUCCAUUUGUGGGAUUUAUAUGUCUAUCGGCAGGUGGCAAGCUUCCAAUCACAUUUUUCAAAAUAAUUCGUGAUAAACUCAAACUUUUUGAAAGGUCAACUAUUUCUGGCGUGAAAAUGAUUGAUGAGGUAAAAUUUGGAAGCAUCACAUACUAUCCAGGCUCUAAUUGGGGGAACUACUCGAUCACUGGGACAAUCAAUUUUUUUUGCAACCUUUGCCCUAAAAAGGGGGCUCGGUUGGAUGCAAUUGAUGAAAGCAUAGAAUCCGCAUCUUCGUUUGGGUUGGCUCUGACUAUUACCAGUUCCAGAUACAUGAUUGCAGAUGUGCUUACUGGUGUUUGGCAAUUUGAGAAAAAAUUCCUGGAGCCGUACAGGGCAAAUGUUAUACCGAACACCGCAGACAGGUACUUGACAUGUAUGUCGCAUACAAGUGGACGCGGAGUGGCUGACUAUUAUGUUGUGGGAUACUCAUCUGGUACUGUUGCCAUAUUCAAUCCAGCUAGCUACUCCGUUCAAAGAGAGAUGGUAAGAUUUGUUAUUGAAGGAGACCAAAUCAAUGCUAUAACAGGCUCAAAUGGAGAUGAAGAUGAUGUUUCACGGACGGCUAGAAUUGGGACUCUCAGUGGAGGCAUAUUCACCUUGAACAGGAUUAUUGACAAGAGUUGGGAACAAGUAAUUCGCAACUGCGAAAAGGAGUUGAAACUUUACGCACGUGAGAAGGGUAUUUCCACUGUUAAGGUUAUAGAACUGAGUGGUACCGAUUCACUUCCGUACCAUCGUAUAGGUGUCAUUGAUGGCAAUGUUCUCUUUCAAUUUUUAGGGGAUGAGAAUAUUGAAGAUGACAAAUUUCGUGCUUUAGUUGCGAACAAAAGAACGCUACAAAGAAUAUACUCUAGAUGUUGUGCUUAG